AAAAGCAGAGGAAUUUAGAAUUUAAUGAAAAAAGCAGCGAAAAAGAGAGAGAGAGAAGAAGAAGAAGAGAAAAAAGAAUUAGAUGCAUCGCGUUAAGUAGGGCGGGCAGUGGCCAUACACACAUGAGAUACUUCCGACUUUCCAGUAUCUGCCAAACCGAAACAAUACAAAAUUUAGAGAGAGAGAGAGGGAAACUUAAGAGAGGUUGCUGGUUUUCCAGUUCCGAUCUCAGCAUUGAAGUUAGCGAGCAGCAGCUGUAUGUGAAUGGAGGAUUUGACGUCUUCUUCCGAUGAACUGAAGAAGAAGGAUUUGGAGCAUGAGAAGAAGAACAACAACAACAAGAAAGGGGCGUUGGGUUGGGUUGAAUGGUUGAGAGGUUGGAUGUACGUCAUUCAUGAGAUGCUAUUUCAAAGAAUCCUGGCCAGCCAUCUGCAGAAUCCUAUGCCUCUUCCUCCGGUUAACGACCUUACUUGCAUUGUCACCGGAUCCACCAGCGGUAUUGGCCGCGAGAUUGCCAGGCAACUGGCAGAAUCAGGGGCACAUGUUGUCAUGGCAGUCAGGAACCCAAAGGCUGCUCUCGACUUGAUUCAGAAGUGGCAAAAUGAUUGGUCUGGCAUGGGCCUUCCUCUCAAUAUUGAGGUAAUGGAACUUGAUCUUCUAUCUCUGGAUUCUGUCGUGAGAUUUGCUGAAGCUUAUAAUGCUCGUAUGGGACCUUUACAUGUUCUUAUCAAUAAUGCAGGAAUAUUUUCCAUAGGAGAGCCACAAAAAUUUUCUAAAGAUGGUUUUGAAGAGCACCUGCAAGUGAAUCAUUUGGCACCUGCAUUGCUUUCAAUAUUACUCUUGCCAUCCCUUAUCAGAGGUUCCCCAAGCCGAGUAAUUAAUGUGAACUCCGUUAUGCACUAUGUUGGCUUUGUUGACACGGAAGACAUGAAUAUUGUUUCAUCGAAAAGGAAAUUCACAAGCUUGGUUGGAUACUCAAGCAGUAAGCUGGCACAGGUUAUGUUUAGCAGUGUUCUUCAUAAGAAGCUGCCUGUCGAAUCUGGCAUCAAUGUUGUGUGUGUAUCACCCGGGAUUGUUCAUACAAAUGUGGCAAGGGACCUUUCAAAAUUUGUUCAAGCUGCUUAUGGCCUAAUUCCUUAUUUUAUCUUUAGUCCUCAAGAAGGUUCUAGAAGUACUCUCUUUGCUGCUACUGAUCCUCAAGUUCCAGAGUACUGCGAACUACUUAAAGCAGAUAACUGGCCUGUUUGUGCGUUUCUUUCCCAAGAGUGUCGUCCAACAAAUCCUUCAGAAGAGGCACACAACGUUGAGACUUCUUACCAACUCUGGGAGAAAACAUUGGAGAUGGUUGGUUUGCCUUCAGAUGUCGUAGAGAGGCUAUUAGAAGGGGAACAAGUGGCUUGUCACUACGGAGCUGAAUCGGCCGACUAAUGCAUUUGAUAGACGGCGAUAUUUUUGGGACACGAAUUGGUCAUCAAAUCAUACAUCAUAACAAACAGAAAUGAAGAUUUUGUCGUAUUAUUCGGUUCAAUUGCUAUUAACCUCUUUGGUUCGUCAGAAAGAUUUACAGAGGAAUUGGGUUUUCCGCCCAUUUGUAUAUUACGGCGCUUUUGUGGACGUCCCAUUGUGUUAUUAAUUAAGUACAAGUGAAAACUGGUACUUGACCGGCACCCCAUAAUCCGGGCUGUUAUCAACUAUAUAAUAGUAGAUGAAGUAACAAUGACAUCAAUGAUGCCCUUUUUGUUUUCAAGUUCUCUUGUCUAAUGUGAAAUAGCAGCAUCGCAAGGCAA